AUGGUACGAAAUGCGGUUCGUCAACUGCUGGAGUACCUCGGUAUGGCGCCUUGUGACCGUUCGCACAAGGUUCCUGAAGGCAAGUCGUCUCACACAUUGUUGCUGUCAGGCAUUUUUCGAGACGGAAGCGACGUUGCAGCCGUGGCGAAACUAGCCAUUGGCGUUGACGGAACCGUCAACAUGAAUUUAACCGUAAUGGCCGAGGAAAGCGCCUACAUUCCGACUCCAAAGCCAAAACCAAUGGUUGGAAGGUCACUUCAAGAAGAAAACGUACCCGAGCAGCAAAAACCGAGUGUCACUCAACAGGAGCGCAGUGUUCUGGAGAAUCUCUAUGGCAAUGAACAGUACAUAGAAAAACGUCAGCCCACCCCAAGGCAACAAGCUUCAACGUCGAAGGCCGAGAGCGCUGUGCCAAUCGGAGAAUACAGCUCUGUGUUGCAGGAGAGCGUUUACCUACCAUCCAAAAGAAAAUAA